CACAAGGACAUGUCUCUCUCCCCCUUCCCCAUCGUCUCUCUCUCUCUUCGGCUAAAGAAAUUACCGGAAUCGAAAUCGAAAUCGAAAUCAAACGGAGAGUUUAAUCGUAUUUAAGACAAACCCUAAGUCCAUAACUAGCUGUAGGAGCUGAAGAAGAGGAAAAGGCGGAGAUUUGGCUUCACUUCGGGGCGCUUCCGUGGCAAUCUUAUCGGGAGAGGACUUGGAUACUGUAAGUCCGUCUUGGUUCUUCGGCUCUCGAUCCUCAGCUUGGUCUUUCUUGCUCUUAUUCCGUUGGAUCUUUGAGAAAUUUGGCUGCGUUGGGUCUCCGAGCGGCCGUGAGUCGGAGCGGAGGGGAGUAGCGUGGGUUUGGAUUUCGUUUGCAGUUUUGAGUACCGUCGUGUGGAUGUCUUCGGUGCCGGAUUCGGUGUUGCGGUUUCUCUUUUGAAGGAUUCGACCGGUUAAAGUGGAAAAAGAACGGUGUUAAGGGAAGGGGAGUGGAGAAAAGAUCGGAUUUUUGGGUCUUUUGGAGGUCUUUGGUUUCGGUUGCUACGGAAAGAUCCAUUCUUUUGGCAUGUUUGCUUGAUUCUUAUGGCAUUUUAAUCGAUACUGGUUAUUUCCUCUUUUGUUUGCUGCUGUUAUUCUGGAAAUGAAGAGGAAGCGAUUAGGGGGAUCGAGGUGAGAUUUCUUUGUUGGAUUCGAGAAAUUUGGUAAAUGGACUCUGUAAUAUGUGGUGGAACUGAAGACCUUGUCUCUGAUUUCGUUCUGACGGCUCCAAAAAUCCUCAUUCUCGCGGUGUUUGGAAGAAAAGGAUACUUUCCCCUGCUAUCAUUUUUGACCUGGGAUGUGGAAUCUGUAGAACUAUGUUGAUAUAAGCAGGCUUUCGAUUUGUCGGUGUCGCAUCGGCUUUUUCCUUCUGCUUUCCAAAAAUGGUGCCUUCAGGGUCUUCGACUCCCAUUGGCGGGGCUCAAUCAGUCACUCCUUCCCUUCUCCGGUCGAAUUCUGGGUUGCUUGGGGGAUCCCAGCCCGGGUUGAUUCCAUCACCGCCCCCUUUCUCGUCUCUGGUUUCGCCUCGUACCCAGUACAGCAACAGCGGCAGCUUGCUUGGAAACAUGUCCAAUGUUCCACCCCUCAACAAUUCAUAUGGAAAUGGAGGGCCUGUCGGUGGGCUUUCUGGAUCACCCAUGAAUCUCCAACAGCAUGGUAGCCUUGUUGGUGUUGCUGAUAUGGUCGGCUCUGCUGAGCCUAACCCUUUGUUGUUCACAUCUUCGUCGGGCCAAAGCCAGGGGCAACAACAGUGCUUCCAGAACCCCUCAAGCAGCCAACAUGGUCCAGAUCAACCACAGUCUCAAAUCGAUGCAAUGCAAAAUUUGCAGCAGCAGUUCUCUGUUCCUCAGAGUCAGCAGCUGCCGCUUCGGGGAGGAUUGGGUAGCGCAGGACGAUUGGGGCCGGUUAAGUUGGAGCCACAGAUGGGUCCCAGUGAUCAGAUUAGUCCGCCGCAGCAAUUGCAAACCUUACACAGCAUUGGUAUGGUGAAAGUGGAUCCACAGCAGUUACAGUCCUUCAGAAGCUUGGGUCCUGUAAAAAUGGAAAGCCACCAUUCAGACCCUUCAUUGUUUCUCCAGCAGCAGCAACAACAGCAACAGCAGCAGCAACAACAACAGAUUUUGCAGUUAUCAAGGCAGAAUUCUCAGGCUGCAGCUGCACAAAUGAGUCUCUUGCAACAGCAACGAAUGUUACAAUUUCAGCAGCAGCAGCAGCAACAGCAGAUUGUCAAAACCCUCCCUCAGCAACGAGGCCAGUUGCGGCAGCAGCAGCUUCUCCAACACAAUCUUCCAGUUAGACCUCCAAUGAGAUCUACAGUGUAUGAGCCAGGAAUGUGUGCUCGGAGGUUAACCCAGUAUAUGUACCAUCAGCAGCACCGACCACAGGAUAACAACAUAGAAUUUUGGAGAAAAUUUAUCGCCGAAUACUUUGCACCUAGUGCCAAGAAGAGGUGGUGUGUGUCUCUUUAUGGAAGUGGUCGUCAAACUACUGGUGUUCUCCCACAGGUAUGGUUAACUACCAAUCAGGAUGUGUGGCACUGUGAGAUAUGCAACCAUAAACCUGGACGUGGUUUUGAAACUACUGUUGAGGUUUUACCAAGGCUCUUCCAAAUUAAAUAUGCUAGCGGCACCUUAGAAGAACUUCUAUAUGUAGACAUGCCUCGCGAGUAUCAAAAUGCUUCUGGUCAAAUUGUCUUGGAUUAUGCUAAGGCAAUUCAGGAGAGUGUCUUCGAGCAAUUGCGAGUGGUGCGUGAUGGCCAGCUGCGAAUUGUUUUCAACCCUGAUUUAAAGAUUUCUUCUUGGGAAUUUUGUGCUAGGCGCCAUGAAGAGCUUAUUCCUCGAAGAGUUAUCAUUCCACAGGUUAGUCAACUUGGUGCUAUGGUGCAAAGGUAUCAGGCUGCUGCUCAAAAUGCAUCAUUACCCACACAAGAUUUGCAAAACACUUGUAAUUCGUUUGUAGCAUCAGCUCGCCAAUUGGCCAAAGCUUUGGAAGUUCCAUUGGUGAACGAUUUAGGAUAUACAAAAAGAUAUGUUCGUUGCCUUCAGAUAUCUGAAGUGGUUAACAGUAUGAAGGAUUUGAUUGAUUAUAGCAAAGAAACUAGAUCUGGACCUAUAGAUAGCCUGAAUAACUUCCCUCGAAGGACUUCUUGUUCGUCAGGUCUUCAAACUCAGCAACCCCAACAGCCUGAGCAACAGCAACCCAUCACCCAGAAUCCGAACCAUAAUGAUCAGAACUCUGCUCAUGCCACCGGCAUACAGCUUUCUGCUGGCAGCAGUAAUGUUGUGAGUAUCAAUAACUCCCUUAAUGCUGCUUCAUCUACCUCUACAUCUGCAGCAACCAUUAUUGGUCUCCUCCACCAAAAUUCUAUAAAUACCAGGCAAGAAAACCAGAUGAACACAGUAAACAGUCCUUAUGGUGGUGGGAAUGCUGUUCAGAUUCCAUCCGCCAGUUCAUCCAAUACAUUAGCUCCAUCACAACCCAAUCCUCCUUCCCCUUUUUCUUCUUUGGCACCUGCUUCCAAUAACAAUCCGACGACAACCUCUCAUAAUGCUGCUCAUCUGAGCUCCAUAAAUUCACCUGCAAGCUUGUCUACAAUGCAACAGCCUGCAUCACAGGUUCAUGAGACUGAUCCAAAUGAUUCACAAAGCUCUGUCCACCAAAUUCUGCAUGAGCUGAUGAUGUCCUCGCAGCUAAAUGGUGUCAAUUCCUUGGGGAAUGACAUGAAGCCAAUUAAUGGGAUAACGCCUGCAUUGAGUGUGGAGAACUGCUUAGUUGGACACGGUUUAUCCAACAACUCGGCUAUCAGUGGCGCGGGCUUUUCAGGCAUGGGUGGGAUUGGUCUGUCUGCUGCUGCUAGUGGGAUGCGGCCAGGAGGGACUAAUAAUGUUAUGGCUAUGAAUGGGAGGGUCGGAGCGAGUCACCUUUCCCAAGAUCCCACAGCUACUAGCCAUCAACAGCAAGAUAUUGGAAAUCGACUAUUGGAAAGAAUAGGAGCAGUUAACAGCUUCAAUAAUCUUCAAUUUGAUUGGAAGUCCUUUCCUUAAAAAUGAAGCGGAGGUAUUUACCGAAUCAAAUUUUUACUUAAAACAGAGCUGUGGCUUGAGCUACGAUGGUAAAUAGCCCUCGGACUGCACAUCGCCAAACAUCGCAGCUCCUGUCCCACCCUUUCGGAAGCCUCUCCCGAGCUAAUUACCCCGAAGGAUAACACAUACUAGCUUAUUUUCUAGUUCUUGUUUCGUUUUCAUGUCUUCUAACUGUUUUUUUGUAAUGCUGCUUGUGUAUUAUGCUCCCGGGGCACAUUUCUGCCAACGCUUACGGUGUCGAUGGGAAAAUCGGUGUAUGUAUGGAGGAGGGAAGGGUCAUGGUACUACUGCUUGUAGCAUUUCUCAAUUUUAAAGAUGGUAUAGAAGAUGCUUUUGAUAUGGAGAGUGAUGUGUCUUCUUCUCAUCUGGAUCUUGUAAAGAACUGUAAGGGCACACUGCUGUCUUCUUUUGUUGACUUUUUCCAUGUUGUGAAUGAUGAAAGGUGGAAUUUGCAAGAUUCA